AUGACUUUAGCUGCCAUAUCAGCUGCUGCACUUAUUAUUUCAGCAAUUUAUUUGAUUGUGAAAUAUAACCGAAGGAAAAAUAAAAAUGUUGUCACCCCCGUGAAUCCUGAAAAUAGUAGAAAUGAUGAUGAAAAAGUAGUAGUGAUUGGAAUUCAUGACAGUGACAAUGAUAAUACUUCAAAAGGUAUCAAAGAUACAAACGACAUCAAAGAUACAAACGACAUCAUAAAAACAAAUGCCAUCACACAUAAAUUUGAUAAGAUUUAA